AAGGUGGCUAUGCUCGGUUUCGUUUGUUUCAUGUGCCCUGGUCUAUUCAAUGCCCUGAAUGGCUUGGGUGCCGGGGGGCAAGUGGAUGCGACAACCAGUGCGAACGCCAACGCCGCACUCUAUGCCACUUUUGCUUUCACUGCUUUUUUCGCGGGCUCAAUCAACAACAAACUUGGUUCGCGCUUGACCCUUCUGCUCGGAAGUUGCGGAUACGCGUUAUAUAUCGGUUCGUACCUUGCUAUGAACAUCCACCCUCGUGCAAGUGGUUUUGUCAUCGCUGCGGGCGCUAUCCUUGGGAUCUGUGCAGGUCUUCUUUGGACGGCCCAAGGUUCCCUCAUGCUCUCGUAUCCAACUGAGAGCCAGAAAGGUCAAUUUAUCAGUAUAUUCUGGUCUAUCUUUAACCUCGGUGGUGUUGUUGGUGCUGCCGUGUCACUUGGCAUAAAUUUUGAAUCAACUGCAAUCGGUAACACAACCUAUAUUGCAUUCUUGGUCCUCACUUUGAUCGGAGUGACCAUCCCUUUUUUCAUGGUCGAUCCCAAGAAAAUGAUUCGAACCGAUGGCACAAAGGUCACCACUCCUCGCCACCCAUCAUGGAAAGUAGAAAUCUAUGGGCUUUGGGUUGCCAUAAGGACCGAUCCUCUCGUCCUGCUUCUCUUUCCCAUGUUCUUCGCUUCCAACUGGUUUUAUACUUGGCAAUUUAACGAUUACAAUGGAACCUUGUUCAACAUUCGUGCUCGCUCACUUAAUAACCUCGUAUACUGGACAGCUCAAAUAUUCGGCUCCAUCUUCAUCGGAAUGCUUCUUGAUCGUAAAAAUAUCAGUCGGCGUAUUCGAGCCUUUUCGGGCUGGACAGUCCUUUUUGCCAUGGUUUGGGUCGUCCACAUCUGGGCUUAUUUUUAUCAGAGGGGGUAUACAAGAGAGAACCUACCCUUACAGUUGGAUAUCCACGACCGCGGAUAUACCCCAAGGAUCUGGCUCUACAUUUUCUGUGGACUUCUGGAUGCGAUAUGGCAAGUCACAGCCUACUGGCUUAUGGGCGCCAUGUCGAACGACCCGGCUAAACUUGCGCACUUCACGGGCUUGUAUAAGUCAAUUCAGUCUGCCGGCGCUGCUGGAAUUUGGAGAGCUGAUGCCGUAAAACUUCCAUUCAUGAACAUAUUUUUAUCUACCUGGGUUCUCCUGGUUUCGGGACUCGUCUUUGCACUUCCCAUGAUCCAUCUUCGGGUGAAAGAGCAUACUGAUUCCGAGGACGAGACCCUCGCUCGUAUGGACAAUUCUGGGGAAAUUGUUCUUCCUGAAAAGGCUUACGGCAAUUCGACGUAACGACACGCGCCACGGCGCAGGACAGCAAGAUUAGCGAAAACUGUCUUUUGACGAAGAUGUUGUCCACUAUUAGGUUGUCCGUGCCGUGAAACAUCCUGGAGGUGUUUUUUUAGAUCUUGUUAUGUUGGAUGGUCAUCGUUGUCGACCUAUACUCGCAAACAGGCCUCGUAACGCACAGGCGAGUAAGCGGUGGAAGUUCAGUUCAGGCGGUCUCUUUGAGCAAGUUCAUCAAUACAACUCCAUUAUCAUUU